AUGUGUCUAAUAAUACGUUGUUAUGUGCUGGUAGUAUUGUUCUCCUCAGUGCAGAGCCAUGGCCUCCUGCUGCUGUACCGGCCCAGGGACAUCAGUGAUGCGUGUGUCUUCUCCAAGCAUUUGAGAUACGAUCUGUCGUUUGGCAUGGGCAUGUCUGAUACUAUUACUUUGGUAUUCCGAACGCUAACAGAGAUCGACUACGGCUGCACCAUAGAAAUAGUAACCGAAUCGCCCAACGACCACCUCCUAGUGGUGGUGCGGUACCCUACCACCGUAAUCAGCAACUGCGAGCUGAACCGGGACGCCUUCACCAUGCUGAAGAAGUGGAGGUGCAUCCGCUUCUGUGACGUCACUGAUACCAACCACCAGACCCAUUAUUUCACCUUCCAUGUUAAGGAUCGGCUGCGGUUCCGAUUUGUCAGUAAUAGCAGCAUCAAUGCUGAUCUUAAUGCCCACUUCUACCAAGUGACGGUGACAUCAGCUCGUCGGAAGCCCCAGGGGGGUUGUCUCCUCAAAAACGAGACAGUGUGUACGGUUGGAGACGAUGACUUCUGCUUCACCAGCGGCGUGGUGUGCGACGGGAUUAAAAAUUGCGGCGUGGAUGACUGGUUCGACGAGCGUAAAUCUCAAUGUUCGCUACCCGUGGAGAGGCUGGGCUUCGCUCCCGUGGUGGCUGUGAUGGCGGCGGUGCUCUGCGCCCUCCUCGCGCUAGCCCAUAUCAUCCAGCGCUGCCUGCCGCCCCUCGCUGACUCCUUCUUCAUCUUCAACGCGAAUGAGGAUAACAGACUCUGUAUCGACCCCUUGCUGGUCCCCAGAGACGCGCCUCCACCUGACAUUCCCAUCACGAAACGGACAUCUAUAAUUCCGGUAUUCUCGAGCUCCUCCUCCGAGGAGAGUGGGGGGAGCCUGGAGACCGGGAUGGAUGUAGCUGACAUGGAGAUGCAGCCGAUCAGAAUUACUAGUCCACAAGAGGAAUUGUCGCCAACCGAGCAAGAAAUAAAGGAACCGGAGGCCACUCGCAAGAGCAAUCUGAAGUCUUUGACCGAGCGCCUGCAGGACACCUUUAGGUCUUUUACCCGACGACGCUCUAGCUCGCCCAAACCAAACAAUGUAUAGAUUCACUAUUUUGUAUUAAAUAUUUAUUAUAAAAUAUAUAAAAAAUCACACUUGUCUCAAUGGAAAUCACAUUUUUUU